UCCCUGUGUGCCUACAUGAAGCACCGCUCUGUCUCCCGUCACUCGCGGUUCACCGACGGAUGGUUGCGCGGAAGCGACGGAUGUAGCCUCCUUAUAAUAACAAUAUUGACGUUUUAGACAUCCGCAGCUGCCCGUGCGACCUGAGUUUGGCCGGCUUCGGACGUGCAACCCUCUCAAAUCCAGCUUGGAGAAUAAAUUCUCUUCGGUGUACGUAACUGGCAGCAACAUUUGUUUGAUGUGGUGAUUAAGGAUUGGGGAAGUAAACACGCCGGCCUGCCCUCAUGAUCAGAGGCGAGGUGAUAUUGAUAUCUCAGACACCGAUCGUCCUUGAUUGCAAGUUGAUUUCACUUCGGAGCAGAGGGACUGUGAGCUCCAAUGGCGUCCGCUUCGAAGGUAUCUAUUCUGGAUUACUUCAAUAUUGUGUUUGAAGGUGAAAAUGGUAAAAUCGAGUCCAACUGCAAGGCUUGUGGCACCAGAAUCCAAGCCAAGCGGAGUGUCACGUCCAACUUCGUAACGCACCUCAAGAGGAAGCACCAGGCUAUGUAUGAUGACUUUGUGAAAAGGAAGGAUAUGAAGAGAGAGGGUUACGCCUCUGCUUCCCUGCAUACUUUCCCCACUAACGGAGGGAAUACCCGCUACACUGUCCCCAUCAGCACUGGAGGAGUGGGAGGAGGAGGAGGAGGAGGAGGAGGAGGGUGCAUUGGGGGAAUUGCAACUCUUGAGGGAGGAGUAGGAGGAGGAGGCUCUGGAGGAGGGGUGACCAAGUUUGAUAGACAUGACCCACGUCAGGUUCUGAUCUCUGAGGCCAUUGCUAAGAUGAUUGUUCGUGAUCUGCAGCCAGUGUCCAUAGUGGAAAAUCAAGGCUUCAGAGAGCUGCUUCAGCUGCUGGAGCCACGUUACACUCCCGAGGCCCAGCAUUACAUCCAGAGUCAGCUUCUUCCAGCAUAUGCCUACCAGGCCCAACUCGCCACCCGCCAGUCUCUGGCCUCAGCGCACGCCCUCAGUCUUAGCCUGGACCUCUGGAAGGGUUUCACUGGAGCCACCCCAGGGUACCUCGGUGUAACCUGCCAUUUUCUUACAUCAGAAUGGCAGAUGCGGUCAGCUCUCCUGGCUUGUCUGCCGCUGACCGGAGGCCGCUCUGGGAAUCGCGUCCUUUCAGACUUUGACGAGGUGUGUCACUCUCAUGGAGUAUCAGGGAGAGCAUAUCGUGUUGUAGCAGAACCUUUCUCAGCAACAACAACAGUGAAGCCAUGUUGUCUUCCCGGUUUCCACGUCUCACCUCCUCCCGCUAACGGGCUGCACGAAGAUGAUGAAGAAGGGCUGGACAAUGGUAAAAGUUUGGAGGAAGGGAUGCGGUAUGGUCAUGGUGACGGUGGAGAGGAAAGAGACUGGGAGGAAUUGUGGGAGAAGGGUCUGGGUGGUAUUCGGGUGGACUGUUUCUCUCGCUGUCUUGAACAAUGUAUCAGAGAGGGGUUACGCUCCUGUCCGCAACUCUCCUCCACACUGGCCAAGGCUGCUUGUUUCUACACCUACAUUACCUCUGCUGUGCCACCUGAAAAACUUAGUCAGGUGUUUGAUAGUCCUGGGUCCAUCAUGGGGGGACCUGGUAAUAACCCUCCUGCAGCAAGGGACUGGACUGCCCAGCUUAAGGUGCUUCGGCGACUGCUGGACUCCAUGGAGUUCCUGGAGGAGUUGAGUGGUCCAGGGGAGCUGGCGCUGGGUGUGUCAGAGAAAGCUCUGCUGAGGGAGCUCACUGACACUUUAGAGCCUUUCACUGAGGCUUGGGACAUGGUGCAUGGUGAUAGGCAGACAGAUUCACAGACAGACAGGCAUGUGUCCGUCAGCCUCGCUUUGCCGUGUGUCCUGGGCCUUCGAAAGCACCUCUCUGAGACGUCGACCCCCCGCUGCCCCUCCCUCCUGGCUAGCCUCAGUCGGGCUGUGGAGAGUCGGCUGGCUACUAUUCUGGACGACCCCCUCUACAUCACUGCCACCACCCUCGACCCCCAGUUCAAGCUUACGUGGAGCAGCACCCCUGAUUGGCACAGACAAGUUCUCAUAGAGGAGUUAUCCAAACACUCAAGAGCCUCAAACACAAUUGACCCAAACACAGAGCUUCACCCUCAAUCCCAGACCCCUCCCAACCCUGUGCCAUCACCGGUCUCCCCCCUCUCUCGGCCCUGCAAGCUCUUCUCUUUCAUCAAGCAGAGACCCACCACACAGGCCAAGAGCCUAGAGCAGGAGUGGCUGUCUACCUGCGUGAGGAGCCCACAGACGAGGAGGCCUUGCAUUACUGGAGACGUAAAGCUAUUGACUUUCCUUUGCUUGCACAGGUGGCCAAGAGGGCCUUUACCAUACCUGCUUGUGGCACUGCAGUGGAGAACAUUUUCAUGACUGCUGAGCACUCUCUGCGGCCAGAGAGAGGCCGCAUCUUACCAAAGAACCUGGAGACGCUAAUCUACCUCAAAGCCAACUUCAGAUUAUUAUGGACUCAUAGCUAAGCAACAAGCGUUUAUUGUAUCUGAAGGCUUUUUACAUUCAGUAAAGUUAUUGCUUGGAUGUUAACCUCUGUUACUAUCUAAGCCAACAACGUAACCUCAUCCUCACUCUGCAAAUCAUUCGAUUUUUCAUUCCCAUUCUUAAAAAGGGGUUUUCACACUGCAGUAGGUUGGAUUGCUGUCUGUGUACCCUGUAACAUACCACAUGCUGGGGACCAGGGGUAGAAGAAUUGGAUCAAUACUGAGGCAUUUACUGUGACAUUAUUUUCCCUGAUCAGGGUCUGGCCCAUUCUCUUUGCCCCCACCUACAAAGACAGCUUGUGUCCAUGACAGCCAUCACUGACUUACCUAUAAUAACCAAAUGGUCAGAUAUUAAUAACUGUAGCAAAUGAUGUAUUUCCACUGUAAUACAAUAACCAAGGAAGAUGUGACUUAUUCAUUUGAUGGUUGUUGUUUUGUUUUUUUUACAAAGAAGGCAUCAGCUGCUUGACAAAAAUGUCCGUGCAUCAUCACUUAUUCUUUUAUUCCCUCUGUACUGUAUGUAUGCCUUAUCACUGGGAAAUCCAAUUAAAUGAGUUUCAGAACUGAAA